AUGGAAUUCUGGUUUACAACGCCAGCGGUCUGGUCGGAUCAGGUGCAGUUCGAAUAUAAGGAAGCUGCUAUCCGUGCAGGCUUUGGACCAAGAGAUGACAGGCCGGAUGAUACCAUAUACAUGCUUUGCGAGCCCGAAGCCGCAGCGCUUGCCACUUUCAAAACAAUACCACCUUAUGGACCUGGAAUUCAGAUCAAGCCAGGUGAUGGCGUAUUGAUAUGCGACUGUGGAGGUGGCACCGUGGACGUGACAAGUUAUCUGAUCUCGGAGGUCUCUCCCCACUUAUCCUUCCAUGAACUAACCUCGGCCGUUGGUGGUAUGUGUGGCGCCACAGCCAUCGACCGCAAUUUCUAUCUUCUUAUGUCCGAGAGGUUUGGGGCGGCGUUCAAUGACUUGCCUUUCACACAAAAGGCCCCAGGCAGUAAGUUCAUGGUCCUCUUUCAGGAGAUUAAGGAGACAUUCUGCUGUUCGGCUGAGGACAGGGUCUAUCGACUUGGCCUGAACAUGGCCCUCAACAACCCCAACCCCUCGUUCUUUGACCCAGAAACCCUAGACGUUUUGCUUUCCAGCAAUGACCUUCGUGGAAUAUUCGAUCCGGUGCUCCGCCAGAUUACGCAGCUAAUACACCACCAGAUUGAAAGCGCCAACCAAGAGGUUGGCCGCUUCAUCAUCAAUAAAAUUGUGUCAGUCGGCGGCUUUAGCCAGUCACCCUACCUACGGGAAAGAAUCUCAGCAACCUUUGCCGUCGAUGGCAAGCUGGCCGUACUCACUCCAGCAAACCCGCAAGCAAAGGUCAUGCUCGGCGCAGCGAUUCGGGGACUCGGAGGGCCUCAGCCAACAACAAGAAAAUGCCGCCGUCAUUACGGCUUUGAGCGUUCUCCUCCCUUUCAUCCAGGGCUCAAUAAUGACAUGACGGCGUUUGGUGACGUGAACGGUACCAGAGCGAUCCCACGCUUUGUCUCCUGGGUCCUUUCCAAGGGUGAGAGAUAUGCCCAGAAUCACACGGUGACGCAAGACUUGGUUGUGAUCCACCGCUCAGGUGAUUCACUGAUUAAGAUCACCAACCUCUACGGCUGUAAUGAUAUGACCCCCCCAGAGCGAGUUGAUCACCCAGGUGUUUACCUCAUCGCACAGAUCAUGUGUGACUUCGCCAGUGUAAACCUUGCUCAGUUCCAGCACCAGCUGACGAGCGGGAAAAUGGAGUACUGUUUGGAGUAUUCCAUUCAGAUCACCUUUGGGGCCCAGGAUGACCUCCAGUUCAGGGCCGUCUCGCAGGGCCAAACGGUUGGGCAAACAACCGUUAACUUCGCCAGAGUCUCUGUCGGUGGUGCCUUCUGA